AUGCCACCCACCCCUAGCCCAAGUGAGACACCCAGUGAGAUACCAACAACUGACCCCACCCCAAUUCCUUCGGAGACACCAUCAACUGUUCCUUCGCCCAUCCCAUCUGAGUGGCCAACAGUGCCACCAACCACGCCCCCUUCGGAAACACCCUCCACUGUACCCUCAGCUCCACCUUCAGAACCCCCUACAGUUAUGCCCACACCUGUCCCAUCACAGCCACCUAGUGAGCCUCCGAGUGAAGUCCCAAGUGACACUCCAACCACUGAUCCCACUGUACCUCCAUCAAGGCCACCAUCAGCCAGUCCAUCCAGUCCACCAUCAUUGUUACCGACGCCUCACCCAAGCAUUCCACCAAGCCCAAUCCCCUCCGUUCCGCCUUCCUGGAUACCAACGACUCCUCCCUCUGAUCAACCUUCCGAAAUCCCAUCUGAUGCACCAUCAAUCCCACCAACAACUGUUCCAUCAGUUGCUCCAAGUGAGGUUCCUACAAGUGACCCGUCAAUUGAACCAACAGAGACUCCAUCCCGUACACCUUCUAGACUUCCAACUAUGUACCCUUCUAUACCACCCAGCAGCACACCGUCUUCUGAUCACCCAAGCAGCACACCUUCAUCACCUCCCUCAUUGCCACCAAGCGGUGUACCCAGUGACGAUCCCACAAGGGACCCCUCAAUGCCGCCAUCAGUUCAUCCUACCCCAAGCCCAUCUGAUAUUCCCAGUGAGCCACCCUCCUCACCACCAAGUGAGCCUCCUACUGGAAAGCCAACCCCAAUCCCAUCAGAAACUCCAUCCAGCCCACCAACACCAAUCCCAUCAGAGACCCCUUCAACACCUCCCACCCCAAGCCCAAGUGAGACUCCUUCAGAGAUACCAACAACGGAUCCAACCCCUAUCCCAUCAGAGCCACCUACAACUUUGCCAACUCCAAAUCCAUCGGAAACUCCCUCAGAUGAACCAACUCAAGAGCCAUCAGAAACACCAUCUUGGAUGCCCAGUGAAAACCCUUCAGAACCACCUACAACGCCACCAACAAACCCUCCUAGCGUACCUCCCAGUCAUCCACCAUCCACUGAUCCUACACCAACUCCUUCGGAGACCCCCUCUUAUGUGCCAUCUAGUGUACCUUCUCCUAUCCCAACUACUCCUCCAACACCAAGCCCAAGUGAGGUGCCAAGUGAGACCCCUACAACUGAUCCAUCACCUGUUCCCUUCAAGCCCACCAAGUGA